AUGUUUUUUUUUCAUUGUUGUUCUCUUUUUUUAAGAUGGAAACAAAAUAAUUUUAGAUUACGUUCACUUCGACUUGAUAUUGAUCAGCAAUUAACGAAUGAUCAACUUAAAAAACUUUCUUUUUUUAUUAGUUGUGAAGAUGCUUCACGUCGACUUCUCGAUACUGUAGCUAAAGAUGAUUCAACAUCAAUGACUGAUAUAUGGGAAGCAUUAUUUGAUCGAAGAAAAAUUACUGCUGAUAAUGUCAAUUAUCUUAUUAAACGCUUUGAUUUGAUAAAAUUGUUUAAAAACUAUUGUCUAGUACCAUUUUCAUUGUCAGCUACAUCAGUAGUACAAAACAGAAAUGAAGUGGAGCAACGUGCAGCUAUGUCGAAUCUAUUUAAUCGUAUUGAUCCACAGAAUUAUUCUUAA